CUGAAGACUCAUGAACACUACUCACAUUAUUAUGUGUUGAAUGUACGUGAUCUCAGGCUGUACUGACCAUUAUAAACAGAAGACGUGUGCGUGAAUGGAAGGUGUACAUGAGUUUACAGCUCGCGAUAUUCCGAUUCAGGGUAACGUUACUGAUUACUUUUAACUUGUCAAAAGUGAAACAUCAGAUGUUUAUAUAAGGACCCAAGACUUUAAAACAUAUCCGACGGCUCUAUUCUGCUUGAUUACGAAUCGCGAUGCCUUUCUCUAUAACUUGGUAUCGUGUUUUUUAAGUAAACAAAACUAACUUUCCAACGGUGAAGGUGUGGAUCCUCGAGCUCAGAAUGGAUCAUCAGACGCGUUUGAACACGGACAUUUGCAUUUAUAAAGUCCUGCAGGGUGUUGGGAUUAUGUGGCAGAGAUUUAGUAAACCUUACCGUAUUGAAUGUAUUUGACUGCACUCGGAUGAAGUCAUGAGCUGUCAAGUGAUCAUCCUGUCUGGAUUGAUUUGUCUCUGUGUGACACGGUGUUGCCCUUCCAGACUGACACACUGCGACAAUGGCAAGACAAAUCUGGUCACAGACCUACCAGGACCUGACGAGCUUUUGUGUCAAGAGCUUUGGCCACAGUCACAGACGAAUAUGCCUGAUAUUGACACAAAACAUACUAUAAAGGCUGCUGAUUACAUCUGUAUGGACACACCCAUUACAUACAAUGACCGCAUACCCACCCAUGGUCCUUACCGGCCUGUUGAGGCAGAGAGUGGAGAGUAUCUUUACUGCCCCCCUCAGCGAUGGCUACACAACCUCAAAAAUGGAGCACUGGUGUUUCUGUAUCACCCGUGUGUCUCAGCGGAAGCUCACAGGAGCUUGGCGGGGUUGGCUCACUCGUGUCUGUCUCAUUACAUCCUCACACCUCACCCCUGGCUCAGCCAACACAGACCUUUAGCGGUGGUCUUGUGGGGUCGCUCACUAGAGAUGUCUCGCAUCACGCUGGGGGUUUGUGAUUGGUUGUUUACCAUUUCCUCCAAUAUUAGUCUAGCUAAUACAAGCCAAAGAGCAAAGUACAAUCUAUAUUUGACAAAACCAGCACCUAUGGACAAACCAGAGAACACCAGUCAAGAGAUGUCCAAAGUGGAGAGAUUAAAGUUCCUUAAAAACUGCUGCAUGGAGACUCUCAGUCUCAUCAAGGUACAGAGGACCAGAGGGAGAACCAGGAAGAGCAGGAUGGUCGUCAAACAAUCCCUGGAAGAAGUGGAACUGAAAGAUGAUGUCAAACCAGAUGAACUUAACCACACAGAGAGUGCAAAACUGAACCAUAAAGACACGCUACUUCAAAAUCAUACAAAAAAGAUGGCCUCCUUCUCAGUGCUAACUGUUACACAAUCUCUCAGUUCUGCAAAGGACUCUAAGGAGCCUGGAGACAGUGCUAAAGACAAAUCAAAGACAACUGAGAAGCAAUUUCCACAAAAUAAUGUGACAGAAAGACAUAAAUACCAAACAGACAGAAAAACACAUAAGAAAACUAUAACAGAAGGUAAGAAGCAUCGCAUUAAGACUGACACAAAGGCUCAGAGGUCUGGAUUUGAAUGCGGGGAGCUUGGACAGUGUGGAAUCUCAGACUCCUCAAAGUCUCCUCAUUUAGGAGGGCCGCUGAGGGGCGAGAGGAUACCCAUGCAACGUACAGACGAGGCCGUGUGGGCAGCAGGCGCUUUGGGAUUCCUCUUAGUGCUCCUCACCCUGUCUGUGCUCCAUACACGCCUCUAUCGCCACUGGAGAUCUUCAACCAGUCUCUACUGGCACGACAACCAGCAAGACUGUGAGAGUGUGGGUGACAUCAUCCGGCGGAGGCUUAGGAUGGUUGGCCGGAGGAAGAGGAGGAGUAGCCAGAACAGGAGACAGGAAUGUCCACUGCUGUCUAACUCCAGCAAUGAGGAGAACUCUGACUAAUGGACAGGAUUGGUGAACACUAGAAAUCUUACAAACUCUGUUGGAAUAUCUGCCCAAUCUUGUGGCGCUCAUGAAGUAAAUAUGGACCUUUUUAUGAAGCUAAGGAUAACUUUUGUCCACAUUCAGACAAUGCUUCAAAAAGACAAUUUGUCUCUGGUAUUUCAUAUAGUGACAGUUAAGUGAUAAAGGUUAAUCAUUUUAUUUCUACAGACAGUUUUCUACCAUUUAGUUUGAACUUUUACACAUUGUGUAUCUUGAGUGUUGCAUUGUCUAUUGUUGUUAUAGCAUACUGGUAAAUUAAAGCCGCGAUGAAAUGGAAGUAGUGACAAAUAAUAUUUUUCAUAUUGUGAUGUACAUCAAAGCGUAACGAAUUAUCAAAAGAGAAAAAAAGUAGGGUAGGGGCUCUAUUCUAUCCAUCGAUAGUUUAUUAGAUUUUGAUAUAUGGGCAUUGCAUUCAAAAGUGAAGGCAGAAAGGCAUAUGUCACCAAAGAACCAGAAGGACUAGUUAGGACAUUUUUUAAAAAUGAAACAUAUGUAUGGAUGAAGUACUGCACAAUAAGAUCACUAACAUGCAUUUAGAAAAUAGAUGAGAGUGAAUUUCCAUUUCAUGCUGAUUUGUAUAAAGGAAUGUGGAAUGUUUUGGUCACACUACAGCAUUUGUUUCCUGCUUAGAUAUUACUUUAUCUCACGGUAGGUUUCUAAAAUGCAGUGAGCAUUUACUCACCCUCGUGUUGUUCCAAACCUGUAUGACUUUUUUUUCUGUGGAACACAAAAGAAGACAUUUUGAAGAAUGUUAGAAACCAUGUUUUAGUGACUAUUACAUUCCAAAGAGACAUUUCCCAAAAUAUCUUAUUUUAUGUUCUACCGAGGAAAGAAAGUCAUAUAGGGGUGAGUUUUGUUUUUGGGUGAACUUCAUUUCCUUGCAGUUAGAAGCCUCUUAUGAUAACGAUGUCUUACUCUAUAGUCCCAUCUGUUGGUGAGAAUGACUGUGGUUUAUGUGUCACAUGACUUGACACAAGGAGAUGGCACUAGAGAGCUCUCCAGACCCACUGGCACUCUGUGAAUAGUUUAAAUUAUGUAACUGCG